CAAGCAUUCAGGAAACAAUGUAAACAAGAUUUGUCAUCUCCGGACACUUAUUUAUUAUGAAUUCAGUUAGUAAAUCAAAAGUGUCGUCACUUAAGUCAACGUUACAUACACUUGCAAACCCAAAAGGAGUGAAAAAGCAAUGUGAGCUUUGUCAUAAACCGGCGUACCUGCAAUGCACCAAAUGUCGGGUCACUUUCUACUGUGACACCGAUCACCAGCAGGCUGACUGGGUAGGGAUUCAUGAGAAGGUCUGCCAGCUGCUCAUCCCCAUUCGCACCACAAUGCCCUUCCACAGCCUGCAAGCGGACAGAGACCACCACUGUGCACAGAUACAGCACAGACAAGAGCUGAUUGAGAUUUCCAGGGCUGUGGCUCAGAAGAAGCUGUUUGAGGGGAAGUACCAGGAGUCACUUCCUGCUGCCAAGCUUUCGUUGCGCUGUGCUAUGGAUGUCUACGGCCCAAGUGCUGUCCAGCUGGUCCCUGCAUACCUUCUACUGGCCGAGGCCAAUGUGGGACUGGGCAGUCUAGCCCAGGCAGAGGAAUAUAUGUCUCAGGCUGAAUGGACAGUGAUGAAGACACCCAAUUGUAGUCACACUGUCCUCCACCAGCUGCACCGCAAUCUGGGUCGCCUUUACACCGCCACAGAAAACCUGGAGGGCGCGCUGUUGCACUUUGCCAACGACGUGUACUAUGCCAGUGAUGCGUAUGGCAUGAAUAACAUUGUCACUUGUGGUGGUUACUUUUUAAUGGCCAAUGUCUUUAUCAAACAAGGAAAGAUGGACAUCGCCAGUUCUUUAUACAAUGAGGUGGCAAGAACAUGGCACUCUCACCUUACCACACUCUUGAAAACUCAUACUGAAGGAUCCAGGACACUGGAGCAAUCCUUUGAUGAGGCUCAGCAGGAGGAAGCAGAUCAAAUGCUAAGGGCCAUGCUGGAGAUUCAGGAGAGCAGCCCUAAGCAGGAUAAGACCCAGAACGCCUUAGUCACCCACUGUCUAGCCAUGCUGUGGUUUCUGUGUGGAUCCCCAGAGAAGGCACUGGAGUUUGGCAGGAAGGCUCUGCAGUCCAUCCAGCUGGUUCCAGACCACAACCUGACAGAGCCCAUCCAGAGCCUGAUGCAGCUGGCAGCAGAGACUGCCCAACACCAUACCAACCAAGCUGAACCAUGUCCAUCCAACAACCUGCCACCUUCUCAGCUCAACACAAAAGUAGAGUCCUAACAAAAUGGGUUAUGGUACAAUCUUAGAAUAAAAUAUUGUGACUUUCCACCAAGACUUCUGAUAGGAUGUGUAAGGAUUCUGAUAUAAGAUGUGUCUUACCAGAAUGAGUUUGGGAUUUCAGAAUAUUGUUGUACCAUGAUGCAGAUUGGUUAGCAGACAUGUUAGCAGAUGUACAUUUUAGUUGUGAAAUUCAUGUUCUACCAUGGGCACACUUGAAACAUCUAUUCCCAUUUGUGGGUAGUAUAGAUUCACACUAUGGCUAUGUACUGUAGUUUCUAAAUAAAUUACAAUUCCUCUAAAAUAGCAUCACCAUGAAUAAGAUAAUGCUGAUAACACA